AUGCCGUCGAACAAGCUAUUACGAGGCAUUGCGCCUCUAGUAUCCAACACCGCGCGCCCCACCAAACCCUCGACAUGCCUCCGAAUUCAACAACGAACCACAGCGGCGGCUGUUAGACGACACGCCCACACCGCACCAAGCCGCCGCCUCCUCCUCCCAUCCAGCACAUCCCCCGUCCGCCCACGCCUCCCACCAACCCACCCGCAACCAUGGCAGGCCCUCCUCCCCCAAACCGCCCGACGCACCAUCUUCAUCCAGACGGAGAGCACGCCCAACGCGGACGCGCUCAAGUUCCUGCCCAACCACCGGAUCCUGCCCGAGGGGCUGACGACGCCCUUCAUCGAGUACCUGAACCCGCGGGCGACGAUCGCGCCGCCGCACCCGUCGCCGCUGGCGGCGCAGCUGAUGAACAUCGACGGCGUGACGGCCGUCUUCUACGGCGCCGACUUCAUCACGGUGACCAAGGCCGCCGACGCCAACUGGGCCCACGUCCGGCCCGAGGUCUUUGCGCUCAUCACCGAGGCCAUCACCUCCGGCCAGGCGAUCGUUAACGUGGCUGACCGCAAGGAGGGCGGUGCCGCCGCCGGCGAGGGUGAAGAGGCCACGGCCGCGGAGAAGGAUAGUUUGGCGUACGACGAGGAUGAUACCGAGGUCGUGGGCAUGAUCAAGGAGCUGCUCGAGACGCGCGUGCGGCCGGCGAUCCAGGAGGACGGUGGGGAUAUCGAGUUCAGGGGGUUCGAGAAUGGCUAUGUGAUGCUCAAGCUGCGCGGCGCGUGCAGGACGUGUGACUCGAGCACGGUCACGUUGAAGAAUGGGAUCGAGGGCAUGUUGAUGCACUAUAUUGAGGAGGUCCAGGGCGUGCAUCAGGUGCUCGACCAGGAGGAGGAGGUCGCCAUGGCGGAGUUUGCCAAAUUUGAAGAGAAGCUCAAGGCGCAGAAGGGCGAGGUGCCUCCUUCAACGGUGGGAAAGGGCUCGCUUGAUACUGCGUCUGGCUGA